AUGGAAAAACAGAGGUACUUACUUAAAUUCAGUAACGAAUUUGCUAUAUCAGUAUCUUCAUGCAAGUGCCCUACUCAUGAGUAUUCAGUUAACAAAUCAGUUCCUGGUAAGGGUCAUGAUAAAAAACUCGCAUCCGGGCAAAAGCCAGGAAAGUCCGGUAAACCCAAAUCGAAGGUUGGUGAAGCAGGGUCAUUGCCACCGUCCCCACAGGAUGGUGCACCAAGUGAACAGAAGGAAAAGAAGCAUGGAGGCAAUGCGGUGAAGAGUGCAACGGAUAAGCAAACACCAGAGCAAAAUAAAGCAUCGGCGAGCCCUAGUAGACAUUCUCCCAAAAAAAACGCGUCUGCUGGCAAGUCACAGACAUCAGUAAUACCCAAGAAACAGGAAGCACCUGCACCGUCAGGACCACAACAAGCACCACCGUCACAACAAGAACAAGUAGCAGAGCCAGUAAAAAAAGAACCUGCCAAGCCUUCUUUGCCAAAGGAAGCGAAUAAAAUGCAACACUGUGACGGGGCACCUUAUCCUAGUGUGAGAGAGCGUAUCUUGAAAAUGUAUCAAUCAAAGAUCCCAGGCGAUUGCACCAAGGAUGACCUUUCAGGGGAUCUCAAGAACGAAGGGCUAUUAAGAGUGUUGACAAGAAUGCGCUUUAGUCUUAGUAAAAGAAAUGCAUUUGUUUUAUUUUUUGAGUACUUGAUGUAUUUAGAAAUGGAGUACUAUGACAUGAUGGACUACCUGAAGAAGUGGUUUUAUGGCAUAGCGAAAGACAAUAUUUUGCCUGAUGAGUACAAGUUACAGUGGUGGGAAGAAUGCAAAGCGGAACUUCUGCGUGACCUGCAAUGCAUCCAUGAGGAGUGUGAAAAUUCCUUCAGCAACUUUCUUGAUAAGAGAAAAGGGAAAAAUGUAUGGGUCUCAUCAUUUCGGAAUUUGUUAAUUCGCUUGAACAAAGAAGCGCAUGAUAGUAUUUCCCAAAAGAGGAACAAGGGUGUGAGUAUUUUAACCGAGAGAAUGGACAGGUACAAUGGAGGCGCAACAGGGAAGCCUAGUACUCAAGGAAAAGAAAAGGCAGACGUAGGAAAAAACAAGGGAACAAAAGAGCAGAAAAAGGAAAAGGAAAAGAAAGAAAAACAGAAAAAAGAGAGCCCUAUUAGGACCUCAGAGCCUAACAACAAAUUGCCUAUCACAUAG